AGGAACAACAGCACUACCACACAACGCUACCCAUUUACAACAUCAACCAAAAGGGUUAAGAAAAAGGGAAAACAGGGAAAAGGAGGAAGAGAAAAAAAACAGAAAGAGAAAAAGGGAAAAGAAAGACCAAUCGCCGCACUUCAAUGCUCACCAACUUUGCUGCCAUCUCCUCGACUGUCAUCGUCCCAGGAUAGAAGACAGAGUCAACUCGAGAAACUCCCCUUGACACAACAACACACUCUUUUCUCCUCCCCUUCCUCAAACCCAAAACCAAAGUCUUUGUUUUCAAGUCCUUCGUCGACAAGGCAAAAGAUGAUGGCGAAGCCUUGGAAUGAGCAUCGUGCGACAAUCACCAAGCUGUACAUCCAGGAGGGGAGGACGCUCGAGGAUGUACGGGGCAUUAUGAAGACCGAGUACAACUUUGAGGCAUCCAUCCGUUCCUAUCGGCAGCACUUUGACAUUUGGGAUAUUGGCAAGUACAACUGCAAGAAGCGCCAGCAACGCCGUCGCCAGUCCCUCAAGAGGCCCAUCCUCCCGUCUCCGCUGCGUUCUCCCCCAGCUCUCAGCAGCUCCUCAGAGACGUCUGAUCCUGGAUCCUCGCCAGCCUCGAGCUGCGCGAGCCAGCGUUCCCCAGAGCAACUCCCCCUUCCGGCCCUCCAGCAGACCCCUCGGUACGCGGCGCCGCCGUCGUUCUUUGACGCCCAUCAGCUACCCGCGCUGCAGUCGUCGUCGACUCUGCCUGAGCCUCGCAUCAAGGUCGAGAGCGGUGGAGGAGGGGGAACGGGCUGGAGAGACAUGCCCAUGUACCCCAGCGCAGCGCUGAAUCCUCCCCAGAGCGUGCUGCAAUCAAGCGUUCACUAUACCUACGCCGACUCUGCACACUGGCAUGUUCCCCGGCCACCGCUGCCGCUGCCGCCGCCUCCUUCGACGCUUCUCAGCAGCAACCACUCCUCCAACGAGUACUGUGGGUCGGCGUACCAGUGCGUGCCAAAGUUCCCUCGCCAUGGCGAGAUGGCAACAGGUCUGCGUGCCCCGAACCUGUCUAUGGUGAGAGGGCAUGGGCGCCAUGGUGCCUUGCAUCCACCUUCGGUCAGUCUCCCUGUGAGCUUCCAAGGGGUUGCCUCAGGGUGA